AUGUCUUGUAACUGGUCUCUUCAGCAGCUUGAUGUUCGAAAUGCCUUCUUGAAUGGGUACUUGCAAGAAGAGGUGUAUAUGAAAGAACCUCCUGGUUUUCAUGAUUCCUCGUGUCCUCAAGAUGUAUGUCGGCUCCAUAAGGCUCUCUAUGGCCUUAAGCAGGCUCCCCGAGCUUGGUUCCACCGCCUCAGUGCCUUUCUUCUUGAUCAGGGAUUUGUUCACAGUCACGCUGAUGCAUUACUCUUUAUUCAUUGCUCCACUUCCUGCACCGUCUAUGUUCUUGUAUAUGUGGAUGACAUCAUUGUCACCGGGUCUGACCCUCAAAGUGUCCACCAAUUUCUUGAUCAACUGUGCUCCACCUUUGACAGUCACCGAAUGGGUGAGCUCAAUUUUUUUCUUGGCAUGGAAAUUUCUCGGUUUCCCGAUCAUUUAUUUCUUUCUCAAACCAGAUAUGCAGUUGAUUUAUUGACACGGUUUAACAUGACUGACUGCAAACAGUGUCCUUCACCGUUGCCCUCUGACACUCGAUUGUCCUGUAUGGAUGGUGAUCCCUUAUCUGAUCCCUCUACCUAUCGGAGUAUGGUAGGUGGCCUUCAAUAUCUUACUCUCUUGCGGCUUGAUAUUUCCUUUGCUGUUAAUCAGGUAUGUCAGUUCAUGCACAACCCUCGUUCUUCUCAUCUUCAGGUUGUCAAGCGCAUUUUUCGGUAUAUCAAAGGUACAGUUGAGCAAGGUCUUGUGUUUCACCGGUCCAAUGACUUUACUUUACGCGAUUUUUCUGAUGCUGAUUGGGCUGGUUCUGUUGAUGAUCGACGGUCUACCACUGGUGCUUGUAUUUUUUUUGGACCUAAUCUUCUCACAUGGACUGCCAAGAAACAGUCUACUAUUUCUCGUUCUAGCACUGAAGCUGAAUAUCGUGCUCUUGCCCACACUGCCGCUGAAAUCCGCUGGUUUGGUUUCUUGUUUCGUGAACUUGGUAUUCCUCUUCGCUCUGCCCCUUGCGUCUAUGUUGAUAAUCUCUCUGCCAUCUAUAUGGCUGCCAAUCCUAUUUUCCAUGCUCGCACCCGUCAUAUCGAGAUCGACUAUCAUUUUGUUUGUGAACUUGUUGCUCGCAAAGCUCUUCACACCUUCUAUGUUCCCUCCUCUCAUCAGCUUGCUGACAUUUUCACCAAAGGCCUUAGUCGCGAGCGGUUUUCUCUUCUUAAAUCCAAGCUCAAUCUUCGCGUUGCUCCGUUACGCUUGAAGGGGGGUAAAGAGAAUACUACCCCAGCAGAUCCUAUCCAAUCUGUCAGCCCCAUGAAAUUAGUUAAUCCCAUUACAUUAGCCUUAGAAGCCUCCUAA